CCCCCAGCAAAAGGGGACGCGGACUCCCCAGGCUGGUAGGCUGGAAGCCACGGACCCUCUUCACCUAGGGAGGCUGCUCACCUGUUAGGUUUCCAGGGCUGCCUGCACUGAUCCUUGUGGAUGCUGGGUCCUUGCUUGGCUGAGAAGGGGAAGGGCAUGCUCCCCUUCCCUUCCUCUGUUGGAGGGGUCAUGGGCCACUGGCGUCCAGUGUGGCCAGGACAGUGUCCACAUCUCAAGCCGUGAAGCCCUGAGAGUUGAAAGGUGUGGGGAGAGGGCUGGGUCCAGGGCCCUAAGAGCUUCCCUCAGCAGUCUGGCCCUACACAGCAUUCAGCUUGAAUGCUGAGGCCGUAAUGCCAGCAAACAUUUAUCCAGCACUGGCCGCGUGCUUUCUGCUUUCCUUGGGUUAUCUGUAAAAUGUUGAGCACCACAGAUAGCUGCUAGAAUGGCUCAUCCAUGAGAAUGAGCACAGAGGUGUUGGGUCACUCGCCCAAGGUCACACAGCUAUUAGGAACAAAUGGAACUUAAGAGACCCGGUGUGAGAGGAGGGAAACUUGGAGCAGCCCCCCGCGCCCACUGGUAUCCAAGUGCUUCAGCACCGCGGACAGCUCGCGGUGGGGGUGCGCGUAGCGCGGGGUGAGGCGUAGAUUGGAGUUGGGGUCUGGGUAAGGGUCUCGGCCGGCUUCCGGCUGUUCCAAUGGGGCGGGGGCCGCCUGCAGGGCCAGGCGGGGCUGUGCUGCCAUCUGGAGCUGCUGCCGCCAGCGGCCACUGCCAGGGCGCGAGCGGCGGGAGCGCACGCAGGGCUGGCGGGAGCGCAGCCGCCGCCGCCGCCGCCACACAUGGGCCGGCCCCGCGGUCGCCCCUAGCUCUGCGGUCUGGGUCUCAGCCUUCCGCGGCUCCGGUCGCCCGACCAGCCAUGUCUCUCAGCGGAGCCUCGGAGCGCAGCGUCCCGGCUACCAAGAUUGAAAUCACCGUGUCCUGCAGGAACCUGCUGGACCUCGACACCUUCUCCAAGUCCGACCCCAUGGUCGUGCUGUACACGCAGAGCCGGGCCAGCCAGGAGUGGCGGGAGUUUGGACGGACGGAGGUGAUUGACAACACACUGAACCCGGACUUCGUGCGCAAAUUCGUCCUCGACUAUUUCUUCGAAGAAAAGCAGAAUCUGCGCUUCGAUGUGUACAACGUGGACUCCAAGACCAACAUCUCCAAGCCGGAUUUCCUGGGACAAGCGUUCCUGGCCCUGGGAGAGGUGAUCGGAGGUCAGGGCAGCCGCGUGGAGCGACCCCUCACGGGUGUGCCAGGGAAGAAGUGUGGGACCAUCCUGCUGACCGCAGAGGAACUUAGCAACUGUCGGGACAUUGCCACCAUGCAGCUCUGUGCAAACAAGCUGGACAAGAAGGACUUCUUCGGGAAGUCAGACCCCUUCCUUGUGUUUUACAGAAGCAAUGAAGAUGGCACGUUCACCAUCUGCCACAAGACAGAGGUUGUGAAAAACACGCUGAAUCCCGUGUGGCAGCCGUUCAGCAUCCCCGUGCGGGCUCUGUGCAAUGGAGACUACGACAGAACGGUGAAGAUUGAUGUGUAUGACUGGGACCGGGACGGAAGCCAUGAUUUUAUUGGUGAGUUCACCACCAGCUACCGGGAGCUGAGCAAGGCCCAGAACCAGUUCACGGUUUACGAGGUGAGCGCUCCAGCCCCGCCCAGGUGGCCCAGGCCUGUAUCCCCCUGCGCUCUGUCCUCUGCACGGCUGCCUUCCCCCACCCAGGUACUGAACCCCCGGAAGAAGUGUAAGAAGAAGAAAUAUGUCAACUCGGGGACUGUGAGUGCCCUGGGGCCCCGGCUGCUCGGUUUCCCUCCCAUUAACACAGCAUGGCGAACGCUGGGGCAGGGACACCAGUGGCGCCACUUAAGGUUUUGCUUUAUAUUUUUUCUCACCCAGGAAAACGUUUUGAUCUUUUGCAGAAUGAAUAAGAUAACCCUACGUCAUAUUUCCCAAGUUACUGUACUUUCGGGAAUCCGAGUGUUUCUGACGAUGUCCCUUUGUUGUCCCUUCAGACACUGCGCGGGGUGGGACAGCUUGGGGCAUGGGGUGGGAUCAGUGCCCUGUCCCUUCUGCCACACCCGCCCUUUGCCAAGUGGCGGGGCUGCCUCUCCUGUCCCCCAGGUGACGCUGCUCUCCUUCUCGGUGGACUCUGAAUUCACCUUUGUCGAUUACAUCAAGGGAGGGACACAGCUGAACUUCACCGUAGCUAUUGACUUCACGGCUUCCAACGGGAAUCCUCUGCAGCCCACCUCCCUGCACUACAUGAGUCCCUACCAGCUCAGCGCCUAUGCCAUGGCCCUCAAGGCGGUGGGAGAGAUCAUCCAGGACUACGACAGUGACAAGCUGUUCCCCGCCUACGGCUUCGGGGCCAAGCUGCCUCCCGAGGGAAGGAUCUCCCACCAGUUUCCGCUGAACAACAACGAUGAGGACCCCAGCUGUGCGGGCAUCGAGGGUGUGCUGGAGAGCUACUUCCAGAGCCUGCGCACAGUGCAGCUGUACGGGCCCACCUACUUCGCGCCUGUCAUCAACCAGGUGGCCAGGGCUGCAGCCAAGAUCUCCGAUGGUUCUCAGUACUAUGUUCUGCUCAUCAUCACCGACGGGGUCAUCUCCGACAUGACACAGACCAAGGAGGCCAUCGUCAGCGCCUCCUCGCUGCCCAUGUCCAUCAUCAUCGUCGGUGUGGGACCGGCCAUGUUUGAGGCCAUGGAGGAGUUGGACGGUGACGAUGUGCGCGUGUCCUCCAGGGGGCGCUAUGCGGAGCGGGACAUCGUUCAGUUUGUCCCAUUCCGAGACUACGUGGACCGCUCCGGAAACCACGUGCUGAGCAUGGCCCGCCUGGCCAAGGACGUGCUGGCCGAGAUCCCCGAACAGCUGCUGUCCUAUAUGCGCACCAGGGACAUCCAGCCCCGGCCCCCGCCGCCCGCCGGCUCCAGCCCAGCCCCAGCCCCAGCCCCAGGGCAGCCCUGAGGACUCGCACCCGCUGCCGCUGCUGGAAGCCAGGGCCCGUCCCCGGGCGGCCCGGCGCGCUCGCCACCUCCCUGCGCUGUGCCAGUAAUAAAGCUGAUAUCGACUCCG